AUGCUUAAGUCAGCUAAGAGUAAUAACUUUGGCAGAGUAAUAGUAAAAGGUAAGAAAGUAGUUGUCCCUUUUACUAGGGUGUUGUUUCCUAUUUAUAGGGAAGUGAAAGUGGGAGAGGAAGUGAAAGUGGGAUGUUUGUGUAGAUUUCCGAUGUGGGACUUUGUACAAGUCGUUGUGGUGGUGACACGUGUCAUGGAGAUUAGGUUCAGCAAUUUGAGAGAAUCAGCAGUCGGGAGCUUCGGCAGGUGUCUGGCACCUUGGAAAAGUGUCUUCCUUCGGCAGGGGAGAAGGCAUGGCUGCCUUGGUGCUAGUUGUUUUGAGACUGGAUAUGCUCAGUUGAUUAUGGUGUAA